UAAGUUGGGUGGUAUUGUGGUGGGGUCUUCAACCCGACUCAAGAACUACCGGAUACUCUUGGUAGAGGAUGAGCCAAUCACGCUUUUUGCUCCCCUGCAAGAUCUUCCCACAUAUCUUCAGAAUGGAGCAAGCCGAAGUCCGGGACUACGGGGACCAAAAAGUUCUGAAGACCUAUAUCAACGGCUUUCCCUUCACGGAUAUCUGGUGCUCUUCUCAACAUCUACGCAACGACAACAUACCCAGACAUGGCUCUCACCGAGCUGCUCGGAGCCCUCCCGUUGGUCUCCAGCGGGAUGCCCAAAUUCCAAGUUGCCGCCAUCUAUCUCGCCAUUGGCUUUGUCUCUUGGUACAUUAUCUCAUCCACUACGGCUUGGUAUCGUCUCAAGGCCUUUCCAGGCCCUCCUACCACCGGCUUUUCCAACUUUUGGGCCGCUAGAGCUGUGUGGACCGGCAAAACACGCAAGAUCUUUCCCGAGACUCAAGAGAAAUAUGGCCCAAUUACUCGCAUUGGGCCCAACGCUCUCAUGGUCUGCGAUGCCGCUACCGUUGUCAACAUCAAUGGCGUACGCGGCGGCUACGCUCGGCCAAAAGACUUCUACGACUGCAUUCGAAUGGACCCAUGGGAUCAAACUGUCCUCUCAGAGACUGACUCAGCUAUGCACAACGAGCGCAAGACAAAGGUCUACGCAGGCUACCAGGGCAAGGGCGAGAUGGAUCUUGAGAAGGAUGUCAACAUGGUCGUUUCUGAGGCCGUCGAGCUUGUUCGCACCAAGUACAUGCACUCUGCCACUUCUGGACCCAAGCCCCCCCUGGACUAUACCCGUAUUGCUCGACACAUUGCCGUCGACGCGGUCACGCAGACCGGUUUUGGCAAGGCUUGGGGUGAUGUCCGCGAAGAAAAGGAUCACUUCGGCUGGCUUGGCUUUGCGGAUAUGGCGGUUGGGUAUGUGCAUACCUUGGCCUACAUUCCUGCAAUCAGCAAGAUCGUGCUGUCAAAGCCCUUGAUGGCUCUUCUAGGUCCGAAGCCAACAGAUAAGACCGGUAUGGGUGCUUAUCUCGGUCUCAUCGAGCGUGAGGUUGCUAGACGCUACAAGGAUGGUGAAGCGAAGGGUAGGCCCAUCAAGGCCGACACUGGCCGCUCAAGCAUGCUUGACGAAUGGGUCAAACAUGGCGUCACCCAACGGACGGCCGUGCUCGAAGUGUCCGCCCAACUCCCCGCCGGCACCGACACCACCGCCUCCGCCCUUCAAGGCACCAUGCUCUACCUCCUCUCCACUCCCUCCGCCUACUCGCGCCUCAAGUCCGAGAUCGCCACCGGCAUCCGCGAAGGCCGCAUCUCCUCCCCCAUUACCGACCAGGAAGCCCGCAAGCUGCCCUACCUCCAAGCCGUCCUAAACGAAGGUAUCCGCAUGAUGCCUCCCCUCAUGAACGGCUUCCCCCGUCAGGUGCCUCCCGAGGGAGACACUAUCUGCGGCAAGUUCGUGCCCGGAGGUACGGACAUCUUUGUCAAUUAUAUAGCGUUGUUGCAAGAUAAGAGCGUGUUUGGCGAGGACGCGCACAUGUUCAGGCCGGAGAGGUACCUGGAGGGGGAUGAGGAGCACAGGAAUCGGUUGUUCAAGACGACCGAUUUGGCGUUCUCGCAUGGAAGGUGGAGGUGCUUGGGGCAGAAGCUGGCUUGGUUGCAGUUGCAAAAGGUUACUGUUGAGUUCAUGAGGAACUUUGAUAUGCAGAUUGUGGAUCCGAUGCAUCCUUGUAACUUGAGGUGUCACUGCACGCCGGAGAUGGAUGAUUUGAUGGUGAGGAUUACGGAGGCGAGGUUGGAUUAGGUGUUGAGACACUACAUGAGGAACACAUCUCGGAAGAUGAAACAUUACAAGGUUGGUGUCCAAGCCAAAAAAAA